AACUGUCUUCUUCUCUGUUUGCCCCCGUAUAUCUCGCAAGCUGGGUGUGUGUGAUUAUCGCAGGUAUUGUAGUACUCAGCCACAGCCGGAGGCUGCAUAUUGUGCUGGGAUCUGUGCGGAAGCACUGUCUCCAAACUUUAGUCGGCGACAAAAAAACUGAUCCCAACGGCAUGAUGACACGAGACAGGCCUCUGAACCUACUGCUGCUGCUGCUAGCUCCAUUCUUGCCAGCUGGUGCUUGGACACGGGUUCCUGAUAUGCAGCUGGCACCGUCCGACGCACACCCGGAUGCAGAACAGCACUGGGAGGGAGCCAUGUUUUGGUUAGACAAGCAGGCCGCCCAAGGGGUGAAGCACGUCCGGUCAUUAAGCGCUCAGCAGAGAUCGCUCGCCGCGGAGGGUGAUGAGGCCACCGAGACCACCCAAGGACUUGGCGGCGUCGCUCAAGAUCAUCCGUCUCUGGAGGGGAGGAUGAAACCGAGGAGGAGUUAUUUGAACGAGUUGGUGGAAGCGACGAUGUUGGAUACCGAUAGCCAAGUUGCAAAUGUUGCUUUCGUGAAGACGCAUAAAACGGCAUCGACAACCCUGGCGGCCAUCAUGUACCGCUACGCCGCACGGCACGAACUCAAGCUGUCCCAUUUUGGUGGAGGGUCUGCCGUCUCUCUGAAGUCGGCCGCAGCUAAGAUCUCUAUCGAGGAGUUCUUAAUGCACACUGCCGGCUCUAGCAAGGACCACAAGCUCCUGUACAAUCCACUCUCGGCAGAGUUCGGGGUGCGAACGGCGGAACAGCUGGACAGCCUCAUCAGUGAUACGCUACCGGACUUCAAGCUGAUAUUGCUGACGGAGCGGCUGGAGGAGGGGCUGUUGGUUCUUGCGCGCAUGCUGCACUGGCACAUGAUUGAUCUAACCUAUUGCGACCUGAACGAGACGAAGGCAGGGUCACGACGAUGGGACGGCAAGCCGUUUGUCUCCAGACCGCAUUUCGACAGUCUCCCUUCGAAGCGGUUGGCACCGUACGCGAGCUCGGUGGAAGAGGAUAUUCCGCGGUUUCAGGAGCUGCAGAGCGCCAUCAGCGAAUAUUUGAAAGGGAACUCCUCGAGCAAGGCCAACACGAUGUAUCGAAGCAUGAACGUCUACAAGGAACCGCCCGACAACCACCUAUUCUAA